AUGGUUAUUAGGGAGGUAAAUUCCUCCAGACCAACUGUCAUAUCAAAUCUACUGAUAUUACUAGUUGAAGCUGACUUGCACCUCCUUUUCUUUUGUGAAGCUCAAGAGCCCUGGCCAAGUGAUGUCAAACUGUUCCAACAGUAUGAGGUGGAACAGAUUCUGCUCCCUGAUAAUGCCCACUGCCUGGCCGUUCAAGCCUUUCUGAAAAUGUGCCGGCUAAACUACAACCUGGAUAUGAGGGGAAAUGCAGAACACAUGUCACCUAGUGGUCGUGUGCCGUUCAUCAAGGCGGGCGCUUUUGUGGUGGCUGAACUCGACCCGAUCGUGGCCUUUGUCGCUAACAAGGGAGUGACCUUGACAGACGGCCUGGACACCACGCAGAAGGCUGACAUGAGAGCUUACAUGUCACUGGUUAACAACGUGCUGGCAAAUGCAGAGCUGUACCUCUCGUGGAUCGACCAAGUGACAUACGAGGAGGUGACCAAGCCCCGCUACGGCUCGGUCUACCCGUGGCCCAUCAACCACGUCCUCACCCGUCAGAAGCGCAACCAGGUCCUGCGACGCCUCCGUGUCCUUGGCUGGAAGCAGAAGUCGCUGGAGGAGGUGUACAAUGAAGUUGAACACUGCUGCAAUGCCCUUUCUGAACGACUCGAUAACCACGAGUUUUUCUUUGGCAACAGACCAACAGAGCUAGAUGCCUUAGUUUUUGGCCACCUGUUCACUCUCCUGACCACACCUCUCCCUGACAACCGCCUGGCAACUAUUGUCAGGUCAUUUGGCAACCUUGUCAAACUGUGCCAGGUGGUUGAGAGGGACUUCUUCGAGAAAAAUAACGGAGGCAGCAGCAGUGGCAAUGGAGAGGGAGACUACGACAAACUGGAAGACUUGAACCAGGUGCCCAUGUGAUUACAGGAUAGGAAAUCAGUUGAGGAAAUCAGGAUACCUGCGUGUGAUAGCAUAUUAGUUGCAUCGAAAGAAGUUGUUCUAAAGCUCCUAAUUUAGUAAUGCAUUUUAAAUCACUGUUGAUUAUUAGGAGAACAUUUAAGUACAGUAUUUGCCAUAUAUAAUGAAAUAACCACAUAUGCAUUAGAACUUAGCAAGUAUUUUUGAGGAAUGAAGAUUUAUUUCUUAUUUUUGUAAAUAGCAUUGUGAAUUGCAGAAAUAAAAGCACUGAUAGUUUUCUUUUCCUUGGCUAUUCUGACAAUGUUGAAAUCAUUGGUAAAUUAAUGCAAUUUUAAUUUUUUUUGUAAUCAGGAGGAAAGCCUUUAACUUCCCAUUAUACAGUGCUUGUAAGUAGUGUUAUUAGUCUGUGACAAAUGUAUAGUGAUCUGUUUAAAAUAUACUGGACAUUUAACAAUUGUAAAAAGCCACUUCUGGCAUCCUCUAUCUUUUUCAAUAAAUUUUCAAUACAGUU